UGCAAAUCUCUGUCUCUAUCUCUCUCUUUUCAUCUCUCUUAUUCUCUCUGUUCAGACAUAGUUUGUUCAAUUAAGAUUGCUAAUGAACAAUGGAACUACAUAAAAGAAGACACCUUUCAAGAUUAGGGUUUUCUGUUUGGUGCCUGGUUUGCUGCUCACUUCUGCUCUUACUCCAUAUCACCAUGUCUUCCAUUCUUGAUUCCAAUCUCCAAACUACUCCAGAUAUUCCACGUGGGCGUCUGAAGAUGUUGACCGAUUGGGACCUAAUUCUAGGAGAAGAUUCACAGUUUCUGCCUGGCGGUCAAAUCAGCUGUGACCGAACUCACAUGCGCUAUGAUCUCUGCUCUGUCAACGGCUCAACGGUAAGGGACCCCACAACAUCUACUUUUUACGUUGUUGGCCCUACCACUUCUGCCCGCCCUUUUUUGGUGGAGAAAAUUAAGCCUUACCCUAGAAAGUUUGAACCUUUCAUUAUGGCCCAAAUCAAAGAACUCACUAUUACCUCAGGCCCAAAAUGCCCACUAUGCCAAGUCCGACACCAUGCCCCAGCCCUUGUAUUCAGUGUGGGCGGGUACACCGGAAACUUCUUCCAUGAUUUUAAUGAUGGUUUCGUUCCCCUCUUCAUCACCGUGAAUUCCAUCUUCCCCAAUCAAGAUUUUGUUCUUGUCAUCUCUGAAGUUCCUGAUUGGUGGAUUAGCAAGUACAUAGAUUUGUUAAAUGCGUUCACAACACAGCCUAUCGUAACCCUAAAUGAUACAAGCACUCAUUGUUUUCCUUCUGCCACUUUUGGUCUAAUAUCACAUGGAUUCAUGACUAUAAACCAAACCUUGAUGCCUAACUCAAACACAUUCACACAUUUUAGGGCUCUAUUAGAAAAGGCAUACAGUCAAAAUUUGAGUUCUGAUUUUGUCUUUCCGAGUUCAAAAUUUCGCCCUCGACUCUUACUUGCUAGCCGUAAUGGUAGCCUCGGGCGUGUGAUUGUGAAUCGAGAUGAAGUAAUUAAAACAAUAGAAGAUAUUGGUUUUGAAGUAAUAAUUUUUGAACCUCAGACUAAUACUUCAUUACGUGAAUCUUAUGCACUAAUUAAUUCAAGCCACGCAAUGAUUGGCGUUCAUGGUGCAGCGCUUACGCACUCGAUAUUUCUUCGGCCGGGUGCGGUGUUUAUGCAAGUGGUUCCAAUUGGAGUUGAGUGGGCUUCCGAUGCCUUUUUCGGGAGACUAGGAAGGGGAUUAAAUUUGGAGUACAUAGAAUAUAAAAUUGGAGUGGAAGAGAGUACUUUAGUAGAAAAAUACGGGAAUGAUAGUUUAUUGUUGAAGGAUCCGCAUGGUGUUCAGGUUAAGGGGAACGGUGGAUGGCCUGCUGAAAUUAUGGACAUAUAUUUGAAGGAACAAAAUGUUAAAAUUGAUUUAGAAAGGUUUAGUGCAUGCUUGAAGAAAGCAUAUAAGAAGGCCAAGCAAUUCAUGGAAAGGGAAGAUCAAGAUUAAAAAAUGUUCUUGAAAGAAAUUGAUUGUUCGUUCUAGGAUUACAUAUACAGAUAUAUUGAUUGUAUUUGUUUUUACAUAUAAUCUCAUAAUUUUCAGAAAAUUAACUGUGAAAACAUGAAUAUUAUUAAUUUAUCUCUUCUUACAUGAAUCACAUAUG